UUUUUUUUUUUUUUUUUUAUGAAAAAGUCACAUCUAUAACUUUGUGAUUACUGUCUAAAAAUUUGGCAGCUUAAGCAAACUUUAGAUACUAUGUUUCCUUGCUGCGUUUGUGAAAUUUCUGUCUGUGGGUUUUCUAUAUGGUACAGGGACGCUAAUUGAUCUUGUUUUUGGUAGCAUUCAAUGUUAGGAAUUUCUCAUUUAUGUUACCCUGUUUCAUUUACUUGAGACGUAUUAGCAACUUCAGAAGGGUUGGUAUUGUUGAUGUUUUGUGGAACUCAUGGAAUAUCUGUGUCAAGUUGAGUUUUAUUCUAAUGCUUUCUGAAAUAUGGUUUCAAUUUAAUUACGUUAGCUUAUGCAUAACCUUCUUGUAGAGAGCUUGUUUAAAUUUUAGGUGAAACGUAGGCUUAAACAGGCUAGUAAAAAACAAUUUCAUCUAUUUAUGCCUCAAACACCAUGGUUGCAUGAAGAAAGCUCAGACAGGUGAACUUAAUUUACUGAAAUAUAUGCUUCCACUCCUAAGUCUGACAAUUAACUAACCUAAAUUUUGAAGUCAUAUAGUGGCCACUGCCCGGUGCAGUGAUUGAAGUUUUGGUAUGUCCAGUGCAAAGUGGCUGCUUAAAGCAAAUUGAUUAAAAGUAGGGCUUAUCCAGAUCAGGUCUAUUCAGAGGACCCUUGCUUUGGCUGGGAAAUACAGGAUAGUAGCCUCCGAGUGAGUUAUUAAUCAGAGAAAGGUGAAGGAUUUUGUUACAUAAUUCAAAUCAAGAUUUUCAAAGUGUUUGUCAUGGGAAACAAUGAAGAGGGGAAGUCUUCUAAGCCCGAAAAGUCAUCUUCACCAGCAACACUGGAUCAGACCAAUCAGACCAAUCAGACCAAUAUUCACGUCUAUCCUGAUUGGGCAUCCAUGCAGGCAUAUUAUGGCCCCAGAGUUGCUCUUCCACCAUAUUACAACUCCACAGUUGGUUCGGGUCAUGCUCCUCACCCAUAUAUGUGGGGCCCAACGCAGCCUAUGAUGCCACCUUAUGGGGCGCCUUAUGCGGCAAUUUACCCACAUGGAGGCGUUUAUGCACAUCCUGGAGUUCCUCUUGGAUCACAUCCACAUGGUCAAGGGAUUCCAUUAUCGCCUGCUGCUGUAACUCCUUUGAGCAUAGAAACACCAACAAAGUCGGGAAAUACAGACCGAGGUUUAAUGAAAAAAUUGAAAGAGUUUGAUGGGCUUGCAAUGUCAAUAGGCAAUGGUACUGCUGAGAUUGCUGUGGGUGGGGCUGAACAUAGGCUGUCAGAGAGUCUGGAGACUGAAGGUUCCAGUGAUGGAAGUAGCGGGAAUACUGCCAGGGCAAAUCAAACCGGAAGGAAAAGAAGUCGUGAGGAAACACCAACUGCUGGUGCCGCUGGCAGUGAUGGCAAGACUGAGGCACAGGCCAGUUCAGUUUCUGCUAAGGAGGUAAAUGCAGCUCCUGAUAAGGCCUUGGGUGCAACUGUUAUUACUCCUGCUAGUGCUGCUGGAAAUUUGGUUGUUUCUUCUGGCAUGGCCACUCCUAAUAUGAAUACCAAGACAACAACUAAUAGCGUCCCACAACCCUGUGCAGUAUUGCCUCCUGAAGCAUGGGUACAGAAUGAAAGGGAGCAAAAACGAGAGAGGAGGAAACAGUCUAAUCGAGAAUCCGCUAGAAGGUCCAGGUUGAGAAAGCAGGCUGAAACUGAAGAACUUGCACAUAAAGUCGACUCAUUGAAUGCUGAGAACGUGGCAAUAAAAUCUGAACUAGAAAGAUUGACAGAAAACUCAGAGAAACUGAGGCUAGAAAAUGCUACCUUAAUGGAGAAACUGAAAAAUGCAAAACUAGGACAGACGGUAGAGAUUAGUUUGAACAGCAUCGACGACAAGAGAGCCCUACCUGUUAGUACAGAAAACCUAAUGUCAAGAGUGAAUAAUUCGGGUUCCAUUGAUAGGAGCAUCGAGGAAAAGAGUGACAUGUACGAGAACAACUCAAACUCUGGUGCCAAGCUGCAUCAACUCUUAGAUGCAAGCCCCAGGGCUGAUGCUGUGGCUGCUGGCUAAUCUAAGGAACCAGCAUCGCUGCAGUUUUUUAAUCAUGUGGUUUUGGCAAUAUUACAAGUCCAGAAUUGCUGCUAACAGCAAACAGGUGAAUAGGAUUUGUACAUGUGAAAAUGAAGACUCUAAUUUUUACUAAGUUAGCCUUUUCGUGUCAGGACUGAUGUAUUUAAUAGUAUUAAGAGUGCGUGGAUAGCCACUGAAGGUAUAAUGUACAUUGAAGAGUUAGAGAUUUAGCUGGGGAAGGCGUGUGAUGUAUGUGCUUGUGCAAUUUUACUUAAUACUGAUUUGGACCUGUUAUGGCUUAUUAUCGUU